GCUGACGAGAGGGUAAGUUACGGUAACUGCAGAAGACUUAGGGGUCUAGCCGCAGGAACCCAGAUCUCCACCCCUGAAAUCCAGAACCCCAUCCCUCUCAGUUACAGAGAUUGCUGUCAAGAUGAAGUUUCCAGCCCAGUGAAUCCAAAGGCCAGACUGUGUCCCCAUAAAGCAUGAUCUCCUUCUGUCCAGACUGUGGCAAAAGUAUAGAAGCAGCAUUCAAAUUCUGCCCCUACUGUGGAAAACCAUUGCCUACAGAGGAGGGCACAGGGUCCCAGACCUUUGUCAAACCACGUGUGUCAUCUUUCCGAGGCUCCAGGAAAGAGCUGAACUCCAGUUCUGAAACUUCUCCCAAGAGAGUGAAAUGGUCCAACGCCAUUACUUCACCCCGAUUAUCCUUCUCAGAUGGUGAUAGUUCUGGGUCUGAAGAUACCUCAACUCCUUCUGAGCGAUCCAGAGGGUCCUGGAGGAAGCCUCCAACUCCCAAAAGCAGCCCACAAACAACCAGGCGAAGCCCUCAGACACUGAGGCGGAGCCGGGUGACCACCUCACUUGAGGCUUUGCCCACAGGAAUGGUGCUGACAGACAAGAGUGGGCAACAAUGGAAGCUGGGAUGCCUCCAGACCAGGGAUGACCAGGGCAUUCUCUAUGAAGCUGAGCCAGCCUCUGUCCUCACCUGUGGGUCAGGUCCCCAGAAACAAAAGUUCUCACUCAAAUUGGAUGCCAAGGAUGGACGCUUGUUCAACGAGCAGAACUUCUUCCAGCGGGCUGCCAAGCCUCUACAAGUGAGCAAGUGGAAGAAGCUCCACUCAACCCCCCUAUUGGCCAUCCCCACCUGCAUUGGCUUUGGUGUUCACCAGGACAAGUACAGGUUCUUGGUGUUCCCCAGCCUGGGGAGGAGCCUUCAGUCAGCCCUGGAUGACAACCCAAAGCAUGUGAUGUCAGAGAGGUCUGUGCUCCAGGUGGCUUGCCGGUUGCUGGAUGCCCUAGAGUUCCUCCAUGAGAAUGAGUAUGUUCAUGGCAAUGUGACAGCUGAGAAUAUCUUUGUGAAUCCAGAGGAUCUGAGUCAGGUGACCCUGGCAGGCUAUGGCUUCACCUUCCGCUAUUGCCCAAGUGGCAGACACGUGGCCUACAUGGAGGGCAGCAGGAGCCCACAUGAGGGGGAUCUUGAGUUCAUUAGCAUGGACCUGCACAAGGGAUGCGGGCCCUCCCGCCGCAGUGACCUCCAGACCCUGGGAUACUGUAUGCUGAAGUGGCUCUACGGGUUUCUGCCAUGGACAAACUGCCUUCCCAACACUGAGGAUAUCAUGAAGCAGAAGCAGAAGUUACUUGACAACCCAGAGACCCUGGCAGGACCAUGUGGUCAUUGGAUUAGACCUUCAGGGACCCUCCAGGAGUACCUCAAGGUGGUGAUGGCCCUCAAGUAUGACGAGAAGCCGCCCUAUGUCACGCUGAGGAGCAAUCUAACAUCCCUACUGCAGGAUCUGCGAGUAUCACCCUAUGACCCCCUUGACCUCAGGAUGGUGCCAUAGGUAGAAUCCAGAUGUUUGGAUGUGCAGUUUGAAAUAGAAGAAAAAAAAUGAAGCAAUGUGACUCAAGGCCUGCUGUUUAAUCACAGAUAACCUCCUAGAAUAAUCCCUGGAAUGUGCAUUCUUCCUGCCACUUGUUCAGGCAAUAUUCAUCAGUCCUGAUUAGUGUCAGGGAAAACAGGUAGUUACCUGCAGCUAAUGUGAAGUUCCUCCUUCGGACCGGCCAGGCCUCUCAGCCAUUGUCCCCAGCCCAGCCAGCUGCUGGGGUGUGGGCAGAGAGGACUCCCAACUCCCAUGUGGGGUUGCACUGGCCCACCAGGGGUCCCCUCCUAUGAUUAUCACCCCUGUGCUUUGGUAAUAAAUUGUUUCUGUGGAGUUUGA